GCCCGGGUAUUUACCUUCAAAUCAGCUGGAGGAAGCAGGAUGGAGUUCGUGACGGGGUACCGGGCCGAGGUGCUGGACCUGGCCGAGCUGCUGCUGGCCUGGCACCGGUGCCAGGCCGGGGGCCCCCGGGACGGGCCGCGCCAGCGGCGCCAGGAGGGGCACGUCUGCCGCCUGCCCCCCGACCCCGCCCUCUGGCUGCUGCACCUGCUGCCCAACCCCCGGCUGGGCCUGGGCCUGGCGCUGCCGGGGGGGGCCCGGGGGGAGCCCCGGGGGCGGCUCUGCGGGGAGGACGCCCUGCAGCUGGGGGACCUGCAGCGAGCGGUCACCUUCCUGCGCCUGGACGAGGAGGACGAGGGGCCGGAGACAGGCCAGGCCCUGGUGCACGUGGAGCGCCUCCUGCUGGUGACGGACGAGCACGGCACGGUGAUGGGCCUGGAUUUCCAGCUGGGGGCCGGGGCCCCCCCCCGGCCGGCCGCGCCCCCCCCGCUGGAGCAGCUGGCGCUCGGCCUGCUGUGCCAGAGCAUGGCCUGCCCGCUGGGCGGGGGGGAGCCCCGCCGGCCCCGGCUGCUGGCCGUGGGGGACCCCGCCUUGCACAAGUCGCUGGAGCCCCUGCUGCCCCGGCUGGGGAUCAGGCUGAGCGCGGGCCCCAUGCGGGGCUGGGGGCCGAAACCCACCUUCACCUUCCCCUCCAUGCGCGUGCGAGCCUGUCACGUGUGCAAGAGACACGCCUUCCAGGGGCGGCUGGCGCCCUGCCAGCAGUGCCGGGCCGUGCUGUACUGCUCCGAGCGGUGCCGGGCGGCCGACUGGGCCCGCAGCCCCGAGGACGCGGCCCACCGGGCCUGGUGCCCCCGCAUGGCGGGGUACAUGGCCCGCGCCCGCCAGCUGGCCGACCUGCCCUUCAGCUUCGCCGCCGAGGUGACCAGCGACGGGUUCAACAGGGAGGGGUUCCUGGCGGCCCGGGGGCUGACCGGGGGGUACUGGGCCCACGAGAGCAUGCUGGUCCGCGCCCCCGGCUACGGCGUGGGGCUGGGGGGCCGGCCCGACUGGAGACCCGGCCUCCUGCAGAGCGGGAACCCCUUCGAAGCGCUGAGGCCGGAGGGGGGCGCGCCUCUGCCCCCCACCUCCCCGGAGCCCCCUGCGCCCAGGACCUAUUUCAGCUCGUGGCAGGAGUACUACGCGUGGCGGGGGCUGCCGCUGGGCUCCCCCCUGGCCGUGCUGCUCAGCUACCCCCUGAGCGUCUAUUACAUCGUCACCCAGCUGGCCCCCCGGCACUUCCCGGAGCUGAACAUCCUGAACAAACAGUCGCUGCGGAUUCACAUCGUGGAGACGGGGAAGGAGUCGGACAUGGCCCCCCUCUUCUGGGAGCUGUCGGUGCUGCUGCCCCACGUGUCGCUGGAGCUGCUGUUCGUGGGGGGCGUGUUGCCCCCCGAGGCCGACGGGCAGCAGGUCCUGCUGCAGAGAACGGAGGCGCAGGGGGUGCGCGUCUGGCCGGGCCCGGCCCCCAAGGCCAAGGGGGGGCGGGGGGGGCUGCAGCUGAAAUUCUGUGCCCAGCCCCCCCCCCUGCUGCCGGGCCCCAAACCCGACCUGGUCAUCGGGUUCAAUUCUGGCUUCGCACUGAAGGACACCUGGCUCAGCGCCCUGCCCCGCCUGCAGGCGCUGCGGGUCCCGGCCUACUUCACGGAGUGCAGCGAGUACAGCUGCGCGGUGGACGAGGCCACGGUCUCCAUGGCGACAGGGGGCAGCACCGGCCCGGCCCACGUCAACCCCUUCCGCUCGCCCUUCCGCCAGGCCGGCGUCGACAACGCCAUGCCCUGGUACUCCAACGCCUUCAUCUUCCACCUGCUGUACAAGGGGGGGGCAGGGGGGGCGCGGCAGCCCCCGGGGCCGGCCCCACCCCCCGCCCCCACCCCUGCUCGCCAGGGGCCGGAGCCGGGCCCGGGCCGCGCCCGCCGGAAGGAGAAGCGGCAGAAUCGCAGCGGCCGCCGGCGCAAAUGAGGGGAUGGGGGGACGGCUCGGGGAGGGGGGGGGCUAAUAAACCCACCCUGGCUAAUGGAGCCUGCGCCUCGUUACUGUUCCACUCGGGGU